AUGCCUAUGCCCACGGUGUCCUUCCUGCUGGGCGUUGUCGUCGUCGGCUACCUCUUCACCUUUGUAAUCUUCGCCAUCCUGCGCAUCGUCACCGGCGUCUCGAUUCAACGAGUAGGUUACACCGGUUUCAGGCGCAUAGCUUUCUCCCCGCGCCAUGGCAUCAAAGUCAACAUCCGCGGCGUUGGCCUGUCCAUCCACCGCCCCACCUUUGCGCUUCCGACCUGGUGCAGCUUGGUGAUAACAGAACUGGCUGUGACGGUGGAUUUGAAAGCUUUGGAUGAGAGUAGACGAGGACAGAAUGGCGGCCUUGAAAAAACGAACGGGAGUGUACAGGACGAGGGCCAGGCUCGCCCAAAAACACCAAACGAUCAGCAAGAUGCGAGUGGACAUGGGAAGUUAUGGCGGAAGUUGACGGAAGUCAAGGACAAGAUCAAAAGGCUUCAUAGGCAGAUCAGCUGGCUUCGGCUGAUCGACUUGAUAGCUACGGCCAUUACAAUCAACAUUGUAGGCGUGGGAUCUGUGAGGUUGGAGCGUCUGACUCUGUCAGUGGAUACAAGGCGGCAGACGGUGGAUCGCAGCAGGCUGUUCCAGCAUCACAAGCACAAGCCAGAGACGCAGUGCCCUGCUGAAUGGAAGUCGCUUGUGAGAAGUGUUCUCUUCACGCCAGAGGGCAGAGAAUCCACCGAGAUGCUGGAUUACUGUACGAUCAACAUCCAUGGAAUGCUGCACCGAGAACGAGAGGGACUUCGCGAUGCAUCGAUUGCGUGGAAACUGGGCCGGCUUAAUAUCCCAUUCGAUGACCUUGAAUAUGCUAAACAAUGCGCGGAUCUUCUUCGCGGGAAAUAUGCACAUCCCGCAGCGGACCACGUACCAGCCGAUGUCUCGUUCGCCGAUGUCGUGGACGAGCUCGAAAGGCCGGGGAGCGCUGAUGAGCGAAUCGUUCGCACAGUAUCCGAUUCACGAGCUUUCAUCGCUUCCAUUCUACGAGGGAUCCAGGAAGUCCAGUUCGCAGUAGGCUUCGUAGGGCUCUCUAGGAAGCUGGAUAUCAAGGGCUACGCAGGCAAGGAAGUCUACUUCAAUUUCGCCAUGAAAGAGCUUGGCUUGGACUUGUUACGUCUGGACCCCAAGAGUCCGGCACAUAGGAUGUACUUUUCGACAAAGGACGUUGCCCAUCAGGCGUUGCUGACUGGAAUCGCCAUCUCUGCAGGCAUCGACGAUGGGCACGAGCACCCUGAGCGUAUGCUCUAUGUGCCCAUGGUCACGGCCACGGUCAAGACAACGCUACCAUCACGAACGAUCCACUACGCAAAGGCUGAUGAUCCGGACGACCGAAACACGAAUAUCUUGUAUGCGAAUCUCGUAUGCACUUCUCCUUCCGUGGAUCUGGAUCCAAAACAUCUCCCACUGGUUCGGGAGAUGCUCAAGCACCGCUCUGGGAGCAGUCAACGCCGCAAGCCUUCUGCUCACCAUCAGUUGAUUUCACAAUUGCUGCCAAAGGCGCAUGUCAAAAUCUCUAUCCAAGAGCCUGUAGUUCGAAUAUCACUGCCACCUAUGGACAAGAACGCGGCCAGUGAUGACUUCGACUUGCUCAUCUCUUCAGUUUCCUCGGUUGCCCUGGAGUGUGAAUCAUCACACGCGACAGACGGCCAGAACCAUUACAGUUUGAACUCGUACUACCGCCAUUCCAGGCAUCGUCUCUACUACCAGACAGCUUCAGGAGACCGCCAUGACCUUCUUCAUAGCGAUUUCGUGGAAGUACAGGUCGAUGUUAACGCUCUACCAGAUAUCGCUGUGAUAGCCAACGGGCGCGCUCAAACCUUCACGGUCUUUCUAGUUCGACCUGACAUUUGCGAAGGCGUACGACAGAUAGUCAAACAGCUUCGCCGAAACGUGCUUGCGCGGCCUGACAGUACGAGCAAGAAGCAAGCAAGCUUUCUCAGAAAAAUGCCAGCAUGGCUACAUCAGUUGCGUCUAGACGGCUCUGACUUUGGGCUCGAACUAGCUGGCGUUGAUGACCAGGUCUCCAAAGACACCCGAGGGCUUGGAUUGCAGUUGCAGAGCUGGACAACCGAAUACAGAGCCCAACGUGAUGAGUCUCAGCCACCAGAUGUGUUUGGACGUCGCAGGUCCAUCACCAAGUCGCCUGCGAAGGAGAAGAAUGCAAAGGCUAGCGAGCAAGCCUCUCCGAAGAAGCGUUAUCACACCUUUGCGGACGGACGGAGACUCACAUUCCAUCUUCAAAACCUCGAAGGGCUUAUUGUGGACUCUAUCGAAGACUCUGAGCCGGAGUCAUUCAUGUCGUUACCGCGCUUCGAGAUCGCCUUCACUACGUCGACUGAUGCACACGGGCCCAUCUUCCACAUCAACGCCUUUGCAAGGAGCAUACUGCUCCAGUACUCACUCUACAAUCACUUCGCAAUCGGAGUAGCGGCCACGGUUAUUAGAAAGACGUUCUUGGAGCGUGAGAAAGAGGACUCACGGCCUACAUUGAACAGAGCCGCAAGCUUGGGCUUGUCGGCUUCUGACCCAACUCUGGAUGAGAUUGCAAGUCGAGAAAUCACAGCCAUCGACUUCAAGACGAACUUGUUGCAAAUAAAGGGCAAAAUGCCGGCGGACCCUCCUAUGAUGAUACACAUCUUCAGACUGGAAUGCGGUCGACAUCGGUGGUCCACUCCUUUCCUGCGCACUCACCUUGCAAGGAUGUAUGCGCGGGCGCCUGCUACCAAGUCAGCAUGGAGUCGAAUAGUAACAAUCAAAACCCUACGUCUCGACUUGCGGGACUUGAGACGAAAAGCUGGAAAACACAGCGUGCAUGAGAAGUCUAUCGACGCGGUUGCCGAAGCUAUCAGGAUCUCGGUGCCUCACUCAUUGGUGGUUCAUACCAUCUUUGACAACAUUACCAACAUCAUCAAGACGACCAAGCAGCUGCAGCAUCAUUUCUUGACCGGCACCAACGAAUACAUCCUCACCAAGGAGCCCGAAGGCCCGAAACAUGUACCUCGCAUCACCUUGCGCACUCAGAUUUUCGUGUUUGACAUCGAAGAUAGCCAUUUCGAGUGGAAGCUUGGCGCGAUUUACAGAGCUGGCCUGAUGGAGCAGAAGCAGAGACUUGCGCGAGAGGAAGCCUUCAAAUUAAAGGAGAAGAGACUGGCUCGUGACGCAAAGCGCGGCAGCUCGAGAUUGCGGGCCCAGUCCGCACAGCACGACCGGUCCAGAUCACGCACGAGGCAACCACAGAGCAACGGCCGACGAAGCCAUAGUGCACGAGGCCAUGAACGAUCAAGCCCUCAUACAAGUCAGAGGCGGGCUCAUCGCAACAUGCGAUAUGAUACUGAAGGGAAGUGCGGCCUUGGCGAGGGAUCUGCAAUAACCGUGGAGCAGGCAAGGGAGAAGCUGGAUCUUCUCAAUGCUCAGUCGUGGAAGAGCAGGAUUGACAGCACCAAGCAACUUCAAAGCCACGCCAUUCGUGAGAUCAGACGUCUGUUUGGUGUCCUCGACGAUGUGGAUGCGGAUAUCGAACAGAAUGAGCCAAUUCUGGCUUGGAGUCGACGACCUGGGCUUAUGGUCAUCGCUAUGAUGGACUUGAACAUCACCGUGGACAAGCCAUCUUUCCCCGUCGACGAGUAUCCCAACUUCCUGAACAACGUUGGCAAAGGCAUGCCCAAGGAUAUGAAAUAUGGCCUUCUUUUGCCGAUGAACCUGCAUAUCACAAUGGGCGAGGCUCGCUUUCAACUGCGAGACUAUCCUCUGCCGCUUCUGCACAUCCCUGCUUUGGGUAAUGGUCAAUCUCCAAGGCUGCCAGCUGUCUCUUUCCGAACAGACUUUGUGAUUGCUGAAGAGUUCAGAGAUGUCGAAUCACAACGCAGCGUUGAAGUGCAGGUCGUACCUCCCGAGAAGAUGGCAGACGGGUCAGGAAAAGGCUUUGCGAUCGAUGUGCGGCGUACCAUCUCGGCCGUCAAGACAUACUCGGACCUCAAGAUGGAGAUCAACACCAACAAUCCGACGAAGUUCACAUGGUCUACUUCAUACCAACCAGCAAUUCAAGACACCAUGCAGGUGCUGGAAAGCUUCACUAAGCCUCCAGUCGACCCUUCCGAUCGAGUUGGGUUCUGGGACAAGAUCCGCCUUGCCUUCCACUCGCGCGUCAACGUUGCCUGGAAGGGAGACGGGGAUGUACAUCUCAUUCUCAAAGGCUCCCGCGAUCCGUAUGUCGUGACUGGCACUGGAGCUGGUCUGGUCAUGGUCUGGCGAAACGACGUCAACUGGAACAUUGCCCAAGACAAGGACCCACGCAAGUUCAUGACAGUGGACAGCGGCGAGUACAUAUUGGCAGUGCCUGACUUCAAUAACUAUGCACGCAGGUCACAACAAACCGAUCAGCAUGAUGACGCCAGCACCACAACGGGCUCAAGCCACUCAGGACGAGAUGCUGUUUUCAAGAAGGUGGUCAUGAAGCUGUCAGGUAAGGUCACUUGGCUCGCUGGACUCAUGUUCGAGCGUGAUCUACCGAAUGGCAAGCGAACUUUCGACUUCAAACCGCAUUACGACGUCGUGCUCAAACAUCCAGACUUUGCAAAGGGCCCUGAAGGACAGCCGUACGAUGCAUACCGUGGCUUUAGAAGUCAUCACAUUCACAUGUCGAUUGCAAUCUCCGCGCCGCACGAUCGAGACUGGUCGGUGUCGAACUUGAAGCCGUCGAACAACUACAACUCGGUACACCUUACGCCACGUUUCUUCUCGCACUUCUUCAACUGGUGGUCCAUGUUCUCUGGAGUGAUGUCCUUGCCUAUUCGCCAGGGGCCACUCUGGGGCGUCACAGAGAAGAAGAGCAAGAAGUUCGGUCGACACAUGGCUACGAUCAAGUACAACCUACUUCUGUCGCCAUUAUACAUCAGCCACGUCUACAAGCACAAGGAUGCGGAAGACUACGCUGCUCACGCUGUGACUGCCACUGGUCUCAAGAUGCGACUUGACAGCUUCAUGAUGGACCUUCACCAACGCAGAGAGCACUUCGACUUGAAGGCACGAGAGGGUGCCCGAUCGAAGCAAACCAGCGGGAUGCGAAUCAAUCAGGCUCAGGUCGACUUUAUCUCCGCCGAUCUGCGUGCCUUGUCGGCGAGCAUCGAGGGAACGAGCGCCGAAGACAUCGAGAAAGCGAAUGAUGAUACCAUUGCCUCGCUUCAAGGCCCGACGCCCUUGGUCGAUAUGUCCAAGUUCGACAUACCGGACAACGACUUCAGCUGGAUUGAUAUGGAUGACUUCGUCGAGCUCGACUGGACUCUACCUGCAGAGGCAGACCCAGAGACGAAAAUUCUGCCGCUAGGCUUCGCGCCCAGAUUCACAUACUUCCGCCAGACCGAUCAUAAUGGCACCAUCGCGGGUGAUCCUUCUAGGACAAGUCCAUUCGGAGAUGAGCCUACACAUUACUGUGUCAUGUCGGCCAAGAAUGAUCCACGUCGGGUCCAGUCUGAGCUCAUUGAAAGGCGCCUGGAGCUGAUCAAAGAGAAGCAAGCUCAGAACGUGCGUGCGGUGGGAGAGGCAGAGCUCAAGGUGGUGAGAGACACAUCUGGCGACAGAGUACAUCGGCAGCAAUUGGACGACAAGCUGGAAACAUUGCGAAGUCACUCUGAGCAUCUCCAGACGAAGCACGAUCUGCUGGAGAAGAUCUUGCAUGAUCUACAGAAACGACUCGACGAAGACGAUCCUUCGGCCGUACCCGAGCUGGAGACGAGCGAAGAGUUCUUUGAGGCGCACGAGAAUGUGAAGAGACCAGAAGGAGAAGCUAGCCAUCUGGAUACCGCACCCCUGGCAGACUACACCAGUGACUUCAACAAUCGAUUCAUUGUGCACAAUGCCCAGAUCAAGUGGAACAACUCUCUACGGAACAUAAUCCUGAGAUACAUCCAUCAAAACGGUCAGCGACGUGGAUUUGUAUACUACAUGUCUCGAAGGGCAGUCAAGUUCAUUCUGGAGAUUCUCGAAGAAAGAGAAAAGGCGGAGAAGUUCUCAACUCCUAGCCGCCAGAAGUCGAAUGCGACGGCAUACAGCGCCAUUUCACCGGACAUCGACGACGAUGCAGCCGUGCAGGACCGUAUCGAUCAGAUCCUCCGCGAUGGCCGCAAUUUCGUGGAUGCAGACGAACCUCUUGCAGAGAGAUGGGACACCGGCAAGAGUUCCGACGGACCAAACGAUGACAUAUCGAUGGAGUUCACGCCUCUAAAUACUUACCACUUCAGGCUCAUCGCACCUCAAGUGCAGCUGCAAAGCGAAAAGAAUGCCAAAUCUGCAGUGCUCGUUACGGCGAAGGGCAUGCAGCUGAAGGUCGUGCAGAUCAUGGAGAAAGACAAAGUCGACGACGAUGUCAGUGGUCUUGUCCAGCGCCGUUUCAAUGCCGCUGCCGACAGUCUGCAGAUGUUUGUCACGAGCUCCAAGACGUUCUCCACGGAGUACCUCCACUUCUACUCUGCGAAUCGUUACGGUGUCAAGGCCGGUACAUACUGGCCCCCGUGGGUGCCGAUGGAGAUCAUGUUCGAGUAUCAGACGAAUCCGUACGGAUUCAAUCGUGUCGUUCAUCGAACAUCAGCCAGUCUGCGGUACGACAAAUACAAUACUCUUCGACUCAAGUACAACGACGACAUCACCGGAGGCGACCCAAAGACUGCAGAGAGCGCUGAAGAAGCCGAGACUCGCAUGGAUCAUGUCUGGCUCGAAUUCCCUCAUUUCAGAGCCAUCUGCGAUUCUGCCCAGUACUUCGCCAUGUACAUUAUUGUCAUGGACCUACUGCUGUACAACGAGCCACUUGAAAAGACGCGUAGUGAGCGGCUUGAGAAGAUCAUGUUGGCAUCUGACUUCAGCGAUUUGUCUGGCGCGCCGGAGAUGGUUCAGAUGCUGCAGGAACGCAUUCGACAGUUGGAGGAGAUCAAAGUCCACUUCCAGGUCAAUGAGAAGUACUUGGAUCGACAAGGUUGGAAGGAUCGCAUUCAGGUUGAUCAGGAUUUGGCGAGCUGUGAGGAUGAAUUGUUCUUCAUGAUGAAGGCCAUCACCACAUCGCAGCAGCACGCAGAGAAUCCUCGAGGACAAGACGAUCAAGCUGGAAUGUUGCAUUUGAACAUGACUUCGAAGGAGAUUGCGUGGCAUCUUAUUCGUGAGCGGACCGAGCAACAUCACCACGACAAGGGCGAGUCGCUCAUGGAAGUGCAACUCAAGAAUGCUUCGUUCGACCGCACAGACAACUACGAUGGGUCGAACUACAAUAGCAUUGAGAUUGGCCGUAUCAAUGGCUACAAUCUGCUCAGCGAUGCUUUAUAUCCUGAGAUCAUCGCGCCGUUCACGGAUGAAACCAGGGGCGGCCGGAAGCUGGGGAACACCAAGAUGCUGCGUGUGCACUGGCUGAUGCUUGAAGCCAUUGCUGGUAUCCCAGUCGUGGACUACUUUGAGAUCGAUCUCGUUCCAUUGAGGCUGCAAGUCGAGCGAGACGUGGCCAAGAAGUUGUUUGAGUACAUCUUCCCCGGCGUUGGUGGGAAUGCUUUCGAUGGUGGUGGCUUCUCGCCCUUCAUGGUCAAGAACAUGCUACCGACCCAGGAAGAAGAGGACGAGGGCCAACAACCAGAGUCACAAUCCCUGGCCGAGACAGACAGUCAGGAUGCAGAGCUGAAUCACGUCGACAGCAACGGCCCUGGCUCUCUCGAACACAGGCUCAAGCCCACGCUCAACCUGGCAAAGACGAAGAAGAAGAAUGAUCAGAAGGGUCUUGGGAUCUCGAAUGCUGGCCACUCUGGUGGAAUUCACGGAUUUGCCAUCUUCCAGCAUUCGAACAAAUCGCAGCAUGGUCAUAGCGGUCGCUCGUUGGCUUCUCGACAGGCGCUUUCUCAGACGAACUUGACGCCCAUGUCUCGCUCGCCGAGUGAGCGCUCACUCAAUACUCUACGGAGCAGGAACGGCAGCAACGGUGAUCUUGAUCAGAGGUUGAUGACUGGAAGGUCAAACAGCCAUGACAAGAAAAGGAAGAAGGACAAAGACAAGGACAAGGAAGGUCCUUCUGAUGAUCUGACGCAGAUGAUGAACAGAGCAUCGAACUACAUGACGCUGGCGUACGUCAAGAUCCCGAGCAUGGUGCUGUGCCUAUCCUACAAGGGUCAAGGCAAGCGCAAUCUCGAAGACGUGCACGACCUUGUCUUCCGGAUGCCGACAUUGGAGUAUCGCAACAAGACCUGGUCAAACCUCGACUUGGCUCUGCAGCUGAAGAAGGAUAUCAUCCGCGCUCUGAUCAGCCACGCCGGGGCGAUUGUCGGGAACAAGUUCAGCCACCACAAGCCGAGCCGUCAACAGCAGUCUCGGCUGCGCGAGCUGGCAAACAAGAGUACCUUCAUGAGCCCCAACGCCAGCGACUUUGGCCUCCUCCCCGGCCCGCCAGACUGGCAAGUCAAGACCUCCAACAGCUCCGAGACAAGCAGCUUGCAAGAAUCCGGUCGCCCCUCGAGUGCCAGGCCACCCAGCAGCAAUCUGGCCCGGACCAUCAGCUAUUCUACCUCGCCGUCCAACUCCACGCCCGAGAUCAGGAUCUCCGAGGAAGGCGAGCACUUGAAUGGGAAUGGCGACGUCUUGCAGCCAGCUUCGUACAGCCAACUGUCUACACCACAGUCGACGCCGAGACCGCGUCCUCGUCCGUUGGCGACUGUCGGCAAUAAUGAGGUCAGCACGGCGGCGAGGCGUCAGCGGAAGAUAACGAGGAUACGAAGCGGAAGAGCAAGCUGCUGCUCGGACCGCAGAAGUUACUCGGUCGGCUGA